ACGGCGCAUUAUAUUUCACCGGGUCCGCACUUUCUGCGUUGCGGAACCGCAUUCCGAUUUUUGAAAUAUCCGUGUUAGUCGUGCAUAUUUUCGGCCCAACGAAAUGAUGGAACUAGCUGGAGCCCUACGGGGCAUGCUGCAAGUUAAACCGGUCAAUUCGACAGACUUCGUGUGGCGUCUGCAUUCGCGUGGAACCGUCUUUCUGCUGUUGAUUGCGUCGCUCCUGCUGUCGAUGCGCCAAUACUUCGGCAGCCCGAUCGACUGUGUUACCGGCCCGGGGGAUUUGUCCGCUUCGACGAUGAACGAGUUCUGCUGGAUCAUGGGAACCUACAUCAGCAAGGACCCCAACUUUGUGCUGGAGGGUACGGAUUUGGUGAAAAUUGGCGCCAAAUUGGGCCACAUUCCGGAGCACGAACGGUCGUACCAGAAGUACUACCAGUGGGUCGUGUUUAUACUGGCGUUUCAGGCCUGUCUAUUCAGCGUGCCCAACAUCCUGUGGAAGAUCUGGGAAGGCCGACGACUGGAGUCCCUGUGCGAAGGGCUAACGACACCGAUUGUGCCGGACAAAGUGAGAAUCUCGAACAAGAAGAAACUGACCCGUUACUUUGCGCGCGAAUGCGACCAUUCGUUCCGGAAGUAUGUGCAGCGCUACUGCUUCUGCAUGGUGCUGAACUUUGUCAACGUGCUGCUCUGCAUCCUCUUCAUGAACAUGAUCUUUUCUGGCUUCUGGAUGAACUACAGUCCAGCCGUGACGGCACUGCUGUCGUUCGAUUUGCCCUCUUGGAACCAUUACAACUCGCAGAUGUUUCCAAAGCUGGCCAAGUGCGACUUCCACUUUGUGGGCCCGAGCGGCUCGAAGCAGAACCGCGACGCACUCUGUCUGCUGGCAUUGAACGUGGUUAACGAGAAGAUUUUCGCGUUCCUGUGGGUCUGGUUCAUUUUGCUGGCCAUCGUAUCGAUCAUCAAUCUGGUGUACUGGGGCCUGUUGCUGUGCAGUGGUGGUAUGCGCGAGAGGCUGCUUUACUCGACCGUGCAGCCGAUACACAUGCCCCAUGUUCGCCGCGCCCUGCACGGGCAAGGCAUCGGCAAGUGGUAUCUACUGUAUCAGGUGUGCUGCAACCUAAAUCCACUCAUGGGCCGCGAAAUCAUCAUCGCAGUCGCGAAGAUGAACACCCGUGAUGAUCCUGAGCACACGUACCAGAAGCCGAAAGUAUCAGAGGCCGAUUUUUUCCCCGACGAUCUGGAUGACAUCGAUGAAGACCUGGAUGUGUGAAGCGGAGGCAUCCAUCGGAUAGCAUUUUUAUGAAACACAUUUUCCUCUUUCUCUCUCUUUCAAAAUAUUGUCGAUAGAAUGUAACUAACAUCCGCGUUGAGCCAUAGGUUCAUGCGUGAUAUUUAUGAUAAGCAACGGUAAGAUUUAUCUUAUCUUCACAAGUGCCUCCCUACGCGGACGAGAACGAGGUUGAACAUCGUUCCCCACGCGGCUGGUCGGUUGCCAUACGGGCGCAGGACUCCAGCAAGAACCAACCGCAUCCGUGAACGGUAAAAUCUGAAAAAUACUCAAAAGAACUACUAGGCGCACAGCUCGCCAGUUGAAUUAAACGCAUCGACGAACGACAGCGUGAACACAAUACAGGGAUCUAGUGAUCUUUGGAGAAACAUUCCUUUCUAUUGCACAUUUGUGCGUCGAUUUUCCCAUCACAUUACUUUUUUUUUCCAAUGAAGCUAAUGUUAAAUGCAUGUGCCACAAGGGACGUUACACGAAAAUAUACCUUACCAUUUUGGU